AUGCCGGAAGAAGAAGCUGCAGUCCGCCGCAGGAGACAAGGCGAGGACGCCAGGGUAUCCUUCGCUGGGGUGGAGCUAGGUCCAGCGACCGAGACGCGGGAUGGCAGGGCCCAGGAGCUCUGGUCAACAGUAAGCACUUGGCAGGUGACACUAAGUGACCCCGUGCGGACGUGCGAAGAGCGGUUCGGGAAUGCAACCUGA